GUCCGGUAGCCACUCGAGUGUCACACACUAGAGCACGGAGACCUCGACACGGCACGGGCAGAGCACGGCGAGAGAGGGAACAUCGGGGCAUGGCGAGCCGGGAAGCAAAGGGGGAGACGGUGCUGGUCACCGGCGCCAGCGGCUUCAUCGGCUCGACGCUCGUCCGCGGCCUCCUCGACCGCGGCUACACCGUACGCGCCGGCGUUCUCAACCCCGAUGACGAGGCGGAGACGGACCACCUCCUGGCGCUCGCCGCCGGCGCCGGCGGGGGCCACCUCAGCAUCUUCCGCUGCGACCUCCUCGACGGCGCCGCGCUCACCGACGCCGCGCGGGGCUGCUCGGGCGUCUUCCACCUCGCCUCCCCCUGCACCGUCGACCCCGUCAAGGACCACCUGAAUCAGCUGAUGGUGCCGGCCGUGGAGGGGACGCGGAACGUGCUGCGCGCCGCCAAGGAGGCCGGGGGCGUGCGGCGGGUGGUGGUGACCUCGUCCAUCUCGGCCAUCGUGCCCAGCCCCGGGUGGCCCGCCGGCGAGGUCCGCGACGAGCGCUGCUGGACCGACAUCGACUACUGCGAGAAGAAUGGGGUUUGGUACCCUGCUUCCAAGACACUGGCAGAGAAGGCAGCGUGGAAGUUUGCAGAGGAGAACGGGCUAGAUGUGGUUGUGGUUAACCCGGGGACUGUUCUGGGGCCGAUGAUUCCACCAACCAUCAACGCUAGCAUGGCCAUGAUCCGUCAGCCUCCACGAAGGUUGCCCAAGGAUACCCAGCCUGGGCUGGUAAGAGCGGAGGUGGGGUCCAAGAAGCUCAUCGCGCUAGGGCUGCAGGUCAGCCCCGUGGAGAAGAUCAUCAGGGAUGCCGUGGAGAGCCUCAAGAGCAGAGGGUUCAUCUCCUAAAUGGGUGAUGAUGGCUGGGUACUGUGGUGUCGUCCUCCUGGGCCUUGCUGGUAGUACUACAAAACAGUAAUAAGGGUGUCACUAGGUAAUAAGAUACCGUUGGAAUCGUGCAAUCUAGCGCGGCGCUGGGCUAAAAAUGCUCAAGCGUUUGCAAGAAGUGCAUUCUGAAACAUGAAGUUCCAAGUUCCAAGUUGGGAUGCCUGUUGAGAUGACGCCAACGCAUGCAAGCAACGCAUAGCUUGUUCUGACCGUUCUAAUAAAUGGUUGACGCGACUGUAUUGUGCCAUGUCA